GCCGGAUACUUGGAAGGCUUCCGCUGGUUUGGGGGUCGGUGUUGUUGCUAUGGCUGCUGCAGUUGCACCCUUAGGCGUAGCUCUGCGAGAAGCCACCCAAAGAAAAUUGCGGAGGUUUUCAGAGCUGAGAGGCAAACCUGUGGCAGCUGGAGAAUUCUGGGACAUUGUUGCAAUAACAGCAGCUGAUGAAAAACAGGAACUUGCUUAUAAGCAACAGCUGUCAGAAAAGCUGAAAAAAAAGGAGCUACCCCUUGGAGUUCAAUAUCAUGUUGUUGUUGAUCCUGCUGGAGCCAAAAUUGGAAAUGGAGGAUCCACACUUUGUGCCCUUCGAUGUUUAGAAAAGCUAUAUGGAGAUAAAUGGAAUUCUUUUACCAUCCUAUUAAUUCAUUCUGGUGGUUACAGCCAACGCCUUCCAAAUGCAAGUGCUCUGGGCAAAAUUUUCACUGCAUUACCUUUUGGUAACCCCAUUUAUCAGAUGUUGGAAUUAAAACUAGCCAUGUACAUUGAUUUCCCUUCACAUAUGAAUCCUGGGAUUCUGGUUACCUGUGCAGAUGACAUUGAACUUUAUAGUGUUGGAGAAUGUGAGUUUAUUAAAUUUGACAAACCUGGCUUUACUGCUUUAGCUCAUCCUUCUAGUUUGACUGUUGGUACCACACAUGGAGUAUUUGUCUUAGAACCUUUUAAUGAUUUGGAAUAUAGAGACCUUGAAUACAGGUCUUGCCAUCGUUUCCUUCAUAAGCCCAGCAUAGAAAAGAUGCAUCAAUUUGAUGCUGUAUAUAGACCUGGAAAUAUUUCUCAACAGGACUUUGCUAGGGGUGACACUCCCUCUCUUAAGUUAGACUCUGAGUAUGUCUACACAGACAGCUUGUUUUAUAUGGAUCAUAAGUCAGCCAAAAAGUUACUCGCUUUUUUUGAGAAAAUAGGCACAUUGAACUGUGAAAUAGAUGCCUAUGGAGACUUUCUGCAAGCUUUGGGACCUGGAGCAACUGUGGAGUACACCAGAAACACAUCAAAUGUCACUAAAGAAGAGGCAGACUUGAUAGACAUUAGGCAGAGAAUAUUUCAUCUUCUUAAAGGAACCUCAUUAAAUGUUGUUGUUCUUAAUAACUCCAAAUUUUAUCACAUUGGAACAACUGAAGAAUAUUUGUUUCAUUUUACUUCAGAUAGCAGUUUGAAGUCAGAGCUUGGCUUACAGUCCAUAGCUUUUAGCAUCUUUUCUGCAAUACCAGAAUGCUCUGGUAAUACAUCCUGUAUCAUUCAAAGUAUACUGGAUUCAAGAUGUUCUGUGGCAACUGGCUCAGUUGUGGAGUAUUCCAGAUUGGGGCCUGAUGUUUCAGUUGGGGAAAACUGCAUUAUUAGUGGUUGUCAUAUCAUAGCAACAGCUGUCCUGCCUGCAUAUUCUUUUGUGUGUUCCUUAAGCUUGAAGAUGAAUGGACACUUAAAGUAUUCAACUAUGGCAUUUGGAGUGCAAGACAACUUGAAAAAGAACGUUAAAACAUUGUCAGAUAUAAAGUUACUUCAAUUCUUUGGAGUCUGUUUCCUGUCAUGCUUAGAUAUUUGGAAUCUGCAAGUUACAGAGGAACUGUUCUCUGGAAACAAGACAUGUUUGAGUUUGUGGAAUGCUCGUAUUUUCCCAGUUUGUUCCUCUUUGAGUGAUUCAGUUACAAUAUCCCUAAAAAUGUUAAAUGCUAUACAGAACAAAUCAGCAUUCAGCCUAAAUAACUAUAAACUGUUGUCCAUUGAAGAAAUGCUUGUCUAUAAAGAUGUAGAAGACAUGAUAACUUACAGGGAGCAAAUUUUUCUAGAAAUUACUUUAAAUGCAAAAUAGUCUGAUUUAGAGACAUCUUAAAUAUCCUAUACCUUGCCAUUCUUGAUUGAGGAAGACUACAAAAAGAAGAGUUUUCUAUAGAUUUUUGUUUGUUUCUUUGAAGUGAAUCAAUGAAAAUUAUAUUAACAUAAUUGUUGUAGCAUAAUAUUAAGAACACAAAAUUACAAAUCAUCCAUUUUGGUGAAAGAAUAUUUCAAGGCUGUGAGCUCAGAAAAGGGAUUUUUUUGAUGUUUAGCACUAUUUUAAUUUUCUUUUUUAUUAAGGAUGGAUUUGUGGAGCAUUGCUGUGUUCAUAUAGUACUAUCGUAGUUUUGAAUAAUUUUCUAAACAUACCUUUAGAGUUUUUCCAUCUUCUUUUUGGGCUUUGGUUUCAGUACAGUUCUAAGUGUUUAUUGGCAGUUCUCUCUUUGAGCAUAGUAGUCCUCUUCUGAUGAACUGAUAAAAACAGCAUACUACAAGAUCUUCAGAGCACUGUAAGAAUAGAAAUACUUUUUUGGAAAGAAAUCCAUCUCUCACAAAUUCAGAUAAAAUCAAUUCUUAAAAUACUGUGAUUAUCUAAUUAAUAAAUAAUUAGAUGCAAACAGCUCUGAAAUUGA